AUGAGCUACGGUGCUCUCGGCGGAACAGCCUACACGCAAGACCCCUACGCCCCCUACCCCGGCGAGCGGCCAAAGCCCAUGGGCGACGUCUUCAAGUCGCUCCUCCCCGGCUCGCGCCGCAAGUCCAACGCCGCCGACGCCGCCGCCGACGCUCUCGUCGCGCAGCCCGUCGCGAGCCACGGCUCGACCCAGGGCGGCGUCCUCACGAGCGCGCCGCCUGCGCACGGCACCACCACGGCCGGAGGAGGGGGAGGAGGAGGGAUCGCGAGCAAGGUCCCGGGCACCAAGGCGUACGAGGCGACGCACCCGGGACAUGGGCAUGGGUACGACACGGCGGCGAGGGGCGCUGCGGGCUUUGGGCACGAGGGAGCGCGGCCGGGAGGGUACGGCGCGACGAGCACCGAGGCGACGGGUGGGAGCGGGCACGGCGGAGCGGGCGUCGCGAGCAUGGUUCCCGGCACCAAGGCCCACUCGGCGGCUCACGACCACCAUUCGGCGCACGCGUCGCACGUCGCUGGCUCGACGGGCCUCAAGCCGGGCGACCCGGGCACGACGACCACGACGACCACGACGACCGUGCCCAAGCCUAGCUUUGGUGACAAGCUCUCGGGCAAAGUCGACGUUGCCAUUGGGAAGCUCACGCACAACCCGGGCAAGGUCGCCAUCGGCGAGAUCAAGCAGACCGAGGGCAAGGCGGCGGCGGAGCACUCGGGCCUCGGCGCGGGUCACGCCGUCGGCGGCCCGGGCGCAGGAGCAGGAGGGCACACGGUGCACGGUGCGCCGCAUGCUGCGGGGCGGUACUGAGCGGGAGGAGGCGAGGGGCAAGGAGCAGGAGC